AUGGAACAAAAGAUCGCGCAUAAUGUUAAACAAAUUGAUACGGAACAAAUCAAAUCAUUGCAGAAAAAAUCACGUACUCCUUGGGCGAGUGAUUUGGAAUUAUCCGUCUUUGCAUAUUUUCUAAUGGUAACUCAAAAUCAAUUUGAAAUGGAUGAACUUU